CCGACUCCGCCUGCCGUACCCGCCCGCUCGGCUGCCGGGAGUCCGGGGCUGUCGUGCGAUUGGGCGCCAGGCUCGGGCAGCUCGGCGAGGCCGUGGACCUGCGUCUGCCCCGCGCAUGAAAUGGGGGACUACCCCAUAGUCAGGGCUCUCUGUCGUCAGCAUUGAAACAUACAGAAUGGACGCAGCCCUGGCGCCCUCAGCACAGAAGCGGCCGGAGGGCCAGUUUCUUUGACUUUGUGAGACUGCGGACAGGACCCCUGUCUCCUCUAGAAUGAAGGUCUUCCUGCCGGUGCUGCUGGCUGCCCUUCUGGGUGUGGAGCGAGCUCACUCCCUGGUGUGCUUCUCUUGCACGAAUCAGAACAGUAAUUUCUACUGCCUGAAACCCACCAUCUGCUCGGACUCCGACAACUACUGCGUGACGGUGUCUGCGUCCGCCGGCAUCGGGAAACUGGUGGACUUCGGCCAUACCCUGAACAAGGGCUGCUCCCCGAUCUGCCCCAGCCCCAGCAUUAACCUCGGCGUGGCGUCUGUGGGCACCUACUGCUGCCAGAACUUCCUGUGCAACAUCAGCACGGCCGGCGGGGGGCUGCGGGCCAGCGCCGCCGUGUUGGGCCUCGGGCUGCUGCUCAGCCUGCUGUCGGCCCUGCAGCGGCUGGGGCCCUGAGUGCCAGGCCCUACAGCCAGCCCAGACUCCUCCCCUCCCCCUGCCCCCAGGAAGGAAGGCCCGGCCCUUCUUCCUUUGACUUGUCACCCUGCUGGAUCACAGCCCUUCCGCCCUCAGUCUCUGCCGUUGGGUCCCUGCCCUUGCACCUGCCCUACGAGGGGCCGGCUGCCCUCAUUUCUCAGGCAGUGACGUGACUUUCCUCGGGGAACCUGGGAAGAGUUGAGGGCUGGAGCCUGAGGGCCCCAGAGUCAGAACUGAGUCCCAGGGACACACUGGGAGGGACGUGUAAGCCCCAGGCUCUGCCCCGUCCAGGCUCUGUCUGCCCCCAGGUGGCGUGGAAGAUGUGUUCUCUGCCACCGUGUCCCAGAAGGGCGCGCGUGCUGUUGUUGCGGGUGACUGUGCACACUCAGCAGUGUGGACAGGUGUGCCGGGGUGCCCCUGCGGCAUGUGUGCGAGUGUGUGGCCGUGUCCGGGCCCACGUGUGUGCAGGCUAAGUGCCAGGGGUCCUGCGUUAGCAGCAGCCAAGCUCCCCGAGUCCACGCCAAAACUUCUUUUCUCUGGCAUUCCUGCGCCCCACGUUCACUCCCUUUAAGAGUAGCCUUUUGAAAGGCGGGGCUCCAGGUCGUCUGGGUGUGGCUGCCGGUCGGGAAUCAGUUCCCACCCCCACCCCACCGCCAGCAGCGGCCCCGCCCCCUCCCUCCACCCCGCACUGGAGUCCGCCUGCUGCCUUGGUGCCUCAAAUAAACGUGUGUUCCCCCCCCUUC